AUGAAUAAAGAAAUUUUUAAUUCAAAAUUAUUUGAAAAAUUAGAUAAAGAUAAUUUAAUUGAAAAUUCAAGAGAAUGGAGUAAUGAAAUUGAUUCAACAUGGAAUUAUAAUGAUGUUGUUGGAAUUUUAAAAAGUUGGGAAUCAUUAAAUACAAUUAGUUUAGAAUAUAUUGAUUCAAUUGUAAAUUGUUUAACAGAAACUGGUAAAGAUAUUUUAAUUAAUGGAUCACCAGAAGCAAAAUUAUAUAAUAUUUUAACAGAACAAGGUAUGUCACCAGCUGAUGCCAAUAAACAAUUUGGUGCAACAGCAUUUGGAUCAGCCAAAAAUAAAGGUUGGAUUGAAGUUAAAGCUGGUAAAAUCUUUAAAAAAGUUGAAUCAAUUAAUGAUAUUGUUAAAUCUGAUCUUUCAAUUCCAGACCUAAGUAAAUUGGAUUCGAAAACCUUAGAACAAUAUAAGAAAUCAAGAUUUAUUGAAGAAAAGAAAUUAUCAUAUUAUCGUGUUACCAAAGGUGAACAAUAUAAUAAACGUUCAAAGGAAUUAUCAGAUUUAACAAUUGAAAUGUUAAAAGAUGAUUCAUGGGAAAAAGAAUCAUUCAAAGUCAAUAUCAAUGCAAUGGGUGUUGUACCAGAACAAGGUUAUCGUCAUCCAUUGAAUAAAGUAAAGAAUGAAUUUAAACAAAUCUUUUUAGAUAUGGGUUUUGAAGAGAUGCCAACUUUUAAUUUCGUAGAGAAUGGAUUUUGGAAUUUCGAUGCUCUCUUUCAACCACAACAACAUCCAGCUCGUGAACUUCAAGAUACAUUUUUCAUAAAGGAUCCAAAGACAAGUCAUGAUUUCUCUGAUGAAUAUUGUGAACGUGUUAAACAAGUUCAUAGUGUUGGUGGUUAUGGUUCAUUGGGUUGGAUUUAUGAUUGGAAACUUGAAGAAGCUGAAAAGAAUAUUCUUCGUACUCAUACCACUGCUGUUAGUGCUCGUAUGUUAUAUAAAUUGGCUCAAAAUGGUUUUAAACCAAAGAAAUACUUUUCAAUUGAUCGUGUUUUCCGUAAUGAAACUUUGGAUGCAACUCAUUUAGCCGAAUUUCAUCAAGUCGAAGGUGUUAUUGCUGAUGUUGACAUUUCUUUAGGUCAUUUAAUUGGUGUUAUCUCGGAAUUCUUUAAACGUCUUGGUAUUGAUAAUGUUCGUUUUAAACCAGCUUUCAAUCCAUAUACUGAACCAUCAAUGGAGAUUUUCGGUUAUCAUCCAAUUCUUAAACGUUGGGUUGAAUUGGGUAAUUCUGGUAUCUUUAGACCUGAACUUUUAUUACCAAUGGGUAUUCCUGAAAAUGUUAGAGUUGCUGCUUGGGGUUUAUCACUUGAACGUCCAACUAUGAUUAAAUAUGGUUUAGAUAAUAUUCGUGCAAUCUUUGGUAAUAGUAUUAAUGUAAACUUUAUUAAAAAUAAUCCAAUUUGUAUGUUUGAAUCAAAAUAA